AUGACACCUACAGCCGAAUGUGUAUACGAUCACGAUCCUUUGUAUAAUCCUCUCGACCUCGAUCUCAAGGCUUCUGUCAAGGCUUUCCAGUCUUUGUGCCUUGAAGGAAAGCAGGAAUUUCUCGCGACCGAUCUUCACGUUCUUCAGACGUUCCUUGACAAUCCCGCAUCGGUAUCUCGAUCCACUGUUCUCGACACCUUAUCGAAAUGCAUGCUUAACCCUUCAUGGACACUCCAUAUUGUGAAAUUAUUUCGACCGAUUGCCAUCGAUCUUGUUGCACGCUGGGUGACGCCAGGCUUCACCGCUUUUUUAGACGAUACUCCUACAUUGAACCGUACGAGUGCCACUGUACAUAAAAUAGAAUUGGUCGCUAAAGCUUUCAGUAUUGUGCUACCUAUCUUGCCACAAGUGAAAAGCUUCACUGUAACAUAUUUUACCCAUUCACCAUCGCUUUUUGAACGCCUCAAUCAGUCAUCACACGAUCAGAAUGAUGAGGACGCUUCUUCCAUUACGCACGAACUACAAGAUCUACUUUUAACAGCAUACCGACUUCUUUCAUUUUCAACCGUUACUUUCUCAUCAUUAUGGAACUGGGGUCCCAUCGUAGAAUUGCUCAAUCAUCGCAGUGGAUGUAUUCGAUAUCUCAGCAUUUUAUGCUUGGCCAAAGUAUACGGCUUGAGCGAUGCACAAACAAAGGGAUUGCUGCAAUCUGUCACUGGCUGUUCGGACGAAUCGGAUGAGCCUCUCAUGACAAUCAUUGAUGGCCAACAUAUUGAUAUUCGAUUCAUUAGAUUAUGGGAGCAGCAACGACUCGCAGAUGCGCAGAUUGCCCUUACCCACAAUGCAUUCAUUUCCGACUCUGUGGACGUUCUCCAUGAUGAAGAUUUAUCGCCGCUUACCGUCAAUUUGUGCGGUGUGUUACUUCCAAAAACCAAAGUGGACGGAUUUAAACAAGAUACUUACAAGCCUCAGAUGGUCCUCACCAAAACAACGACUCGCAAUCUCUACGGACUUAGUCUUGCUCUUUCCAUUGGAGCACCAACACUUCUUGAAGGCGUUACGGGUGCCGGUAAAACCGCUCUUGUGGAAGAGCUUGCGAUUCGAACCGGUCGUGGAGAUCAAUUGGUGAAGAUUCAUUUGGGAGAUCAAACCGAUCCAAAAGUACUUUUGGGUACUUACGUAUCCACCUCAACCCCGGGUUCUUUCCGUUGGCAAGAAGGUGUUCUAACAACGGCAGUCCAGGAAGGUCGUUGGGUGUUGAUUGAAGAUAUCGACCUUGCUCCAGCUGAAGUCAUCUCGGUCUUACUUCCCUUGCUGGAAACUAGACAGUUAUUCAUUCCUUCCCGCGGCGAAAAGAUCAAGGCUAAAGAAGGUUUCCAGCUUUUCGGUACCCGCUCGUUCGUUCCUUCACGCUCCGGUAAAGGUUUCAGUUCCCGAGGUGGCGAUCUUGUCACAGGUGCCAACCUGUGGACUCGCAUUCAUGUUGAUCCUCUUUCCAUGGAGGAACUAGAACUCGUGGUUCGCCAGAAAUUCUCUCACAUUGGUGGCUUUUCGACACAUGUUAUGCGCCUUUUCGAAACCGUUAUCAAUAUUUAUCAAGAUCCCAACUUCUCGUCCUUAGCAUCAUCCACUAUGGGACGUUAUAUAUCCACUCGUGAUUUGAUGAAAUGGUGUCAUCGUAUCGAUACGCUUUUGGGAUCACGUCUGAACGAACAAGAUGGCGUGGACGCUGGACUCGAUGAAACUGUUCGUCAGGACCUCUUCAGUGAAGCCAUCGAUUGCUUCUGUGGUAUGAUUCCCGAUUACACAACGUGGGUAGUGGUGCUGGAGAAAGUAGGAGAACCACUCCAGAUUUCGCAAGAAAUGGUGCGCCUUUACGUCGAUCAGUACAAACCGUUAUUCGAAAUAACCGAUACCACUGUGCGCGUGGGUCGCGUCAACUUGUCCUCCAUUGUCGCCCGUGGAAAGCAAAAGCAGAAGGAAGCCUUGAUCAAACGAGAGAGAAAACGCCCCUUCGCCAAGACGGGUCACGCUUUACGAUUGUUAGAAAAGAUUGCAGUGAGCGUCCAUCUGAAUGAACCUGUCCUGCUUGUCGGUGAAACGGGUACCGGCAAAACGACCGUCGUACAACAUCUGGCGGAUAUGAUGCAUCAGAACCUGAUUGUCGUCAACUUGUCACAGCAGUCAGAUAGCUCGGAUCUUUUGGGUGGAUUCAAACCCGUGGAUGGCAAAGUCCUGGCCAUUCCCAUGAAGGAAGAUUUCGAGCGCUUGUUUGAAAGAACGUUUUCAAUGAAGAAGAAUGCGAAAUUCUUGGCAAUGGUGCACAAAAUGUUCGUCCAUACCAAAUGGGUCAACUUCAUCGCCCUUUUGAAGCAAGCCGUAAAGAUGUCGCAGCAAAAGUUUGAAGCCGAACAAGACGAAAAGAGCAAAAAGAGCUCCACGCCAGAGUUACGAAGUGCAUGGAAAUUGUUUUCCAAACGCCUGGAAGAGUUCGAAGUGCAACAAGCUCAAUCUGAGAACAAGUUUGUAUUCAAUUUCAUGGAAGGUUCUUUGGUGAAGGCGGUCCGACGGGGCGACUGGAUCUUACUGGAUGAAAUCAACUUGGCAACCACCGAAACUCUUGAAUGUCUUUCUGGUUUAUUGCAAGAUGCUCAUGGCUCGCUUUUGCUGACGGAAAAGGGCGAUGUUGAACCUAUCCAACGUCAUCCAAACUUCCGUCUUUUCGCAUGUAUGAAUCCUGCGACUGAUGUCGGCAAGCGAGAUUUACCCCCAGGGCUCCGCAACCGCUUUACCGAGUUUUACGUUCACCCCCCGGAUGCGCGCUAUGAAGAUCUUUUGCAAAUUGUUCGACAAUACCUUGCUAAUAUUACCACCGGUGAUGAGCGCGCGUGUCCCGAUGUUGCUGAAUUUUACAUGGAAGCCAAGAAAUUGGCGGGUCAGCAUAAACUCGUGGAUGGUGCAAAUCAACGACCUCAUUUCAGCAUGCGUACGUUGGCACGAGCACUCACCUAUGUCGUUCAAAUUUACCCCACCUAUGGGCUCCGUCGAUCGCUUUUUGAAGGUUUCUGCAUGACAUUUUUAACCCAACUCAGCAAGGAAAGCGAGGCGUUGAUGAAGCAACUAAUCCAUAAAACGAUUCUGCGCGGUGUGCAAAAUCCUACUCAAUUGGUGACCCAGAUUCCUCGUCAACCUGCCGGCAAUUUUAUCCAGUUCGGUUACUUCUGGCUCGAGCAAGGUCAGUUUGAACCGCAGCAUGAUCAGCAUUAUAUCUUGACGCCGUCCGUCGAAACGAAGCUUUACAACCUCGCCAGAGUCAUUAUGUCUCGCAAAUUUCCCGUGCUGAUUCAGGGCCCGACCUCUGCCGGUAAAACAAGUAUGAUCGAAUACAUGGCGAAAGAGACUGGCCAUCGCUUUGUUCGUAUCAACAACCAUGAACAUACCGAUCUUCAGGAGUACUUGGGUACUUACGUUUCGAAUGCCGAAGGCAAAUUGGUCUUCCAAGAAGGUGUACUUGUUGAAGCCUUGCGCAAUGGUUACUGGAUCGUAUUGGACGAACUGAAUUUAGCCCCUUCGGACGUUCUCGAAGCGUUGAAUCGUCUGUUGGAUGAUAACCGAGAAUUGCUGAUACCCGAGACUCAAGAAAUUGUCAAACCUCAUCCGCAUUUCAUGCUCUUUGCGACACAGAAUCCUGCCGGUCUUUAUGGUGGUCGUAAAGCGUUAUCCCGAGCUUUCCGUAAUCGUUUCCUGGAAUUGCAUUUCGACGAUAUACCACAAGAAGAAUUAGAGACGAUCCUGUCCAAACGAUGCAGCAUUGCGCCUUCGUACUGUAAGAAGCUUGUUCAGGUUUACAAGUCGUUGAUGGAACGUCGUCAGAGCACUCGUAUUUUUGAACAGAAGCAUGGCUUUAUCACGCUUCGUGAUCUCUUCCGUUGGGCUGGUCGUGAUCCAAAUGGUUAUCAGGAACUGGCAGAGCAUGGCUAUAUGCUACUUGCUGAACGCUGCCGUAAGGAUGAAGAAAAACAGGUCGUAAAGCAAGUUUUGGAGACUGUAAUGAAGGUGAAGCUCAACGAAAACGAAAUGUACGAUUGCACACGGUUGGAAGAAUUUGCCAUCUACGAUGAGAUUUUGAAACGAAACGCGGAUGCCACAGGUGCAGAUACGAAACUGGUUUGGACGAAAGCAAUGAGACGUCUGUUCAGUUUGGUUGCCCGUUGCUUGCGAUACAAAGAACCCGUACUGUUAGUCGGCGAAACGGGGUGCGGCAAAACGACGGUUUGCCAAAUGCUGGCAGAAACUUUUGGUAGAGAACUCCAUAUUGUUAAUUGUCACCAAAACACGGAAACCGGCGAUCUUCUUGGUGGUCAACGCCCCGUGCGCAAUCACGAUCCCUCGGACGAAAAGCAGCAAUUGUUUGAAUGGCAUGACGGUCCUCUGGUGCAAUCUUUGCGUGAAGGACACUUGUUUUUGCUGGAUGAAAUCUCGCUGGCAGACGAUUCUGUCCUGGAGAGAUUGAACUCGGUGCUCGAACCGAGUCGUUUGUUGGUGCUUGCUGAAAAAGGCGGUAAGCAUGUCGAAGAACUUUACGGUCAAGAAGGCUUCCAAUUCUUGGCAACCAUGAAUCCUGGUGGUGAUUACGGCAAGAAGGAAUUAUCGCCCGCUCUCCGUAACCGUUUCACUGAAAUUUGGGUGCCUGCCGUGGACGAUCGUGAAGAUUUACUGGCGAUCAUUACUGAACAGAUGGUCCAUGCUGAUCUCAAAGGUUAUGCGGAGAAGAUGCUCGAUUUUAUCACUUGGUAUACCCAGGCUCUCGGUCAAGCUCGCGUCGUUGUCAGUUUGAGAGAUAUCUUGUCCUGGGUUAAAUUCAUGAAUGCUGCGGCUGAACGAGGAUUGUCCGCUCCUGUUAGCUUUACACAUGGUGGAUGUCUUGUUUUGUUGGACGGUCUUGGAUCGCAUGGCUCUUCUGGUUCGUUCCUCGCUGGCAAAGCACUCAAAGAAUUCCGUCUGAAAUGCUUGCAAAACUUGGCCAACGCUCCCAAUGCUACAGAAAAGGAGAUUCUUGGUGAAGCGAAAGGGACAGUGGAAAUGUCAGACCAGCAAUUUGCUAUUGGUCCAUUUGCGAUCGAUCGUGGUACCCUUCCUAACGCCAAUAUCAAGUUUACACUUCUGGCGCCCACUACCGCGGAUAAUGCCAUGCGUGUGAUUCGUGCUAUGCAGUUAAAGAAGCCGAUAUUAUUGGAAGGUAGUCCUGGUGUAGGCAAAACCAGUCUUAUCUCCGCCCUUGCUGCAGCCUCUGGUCAUAACUUGGUGCGUAUCAACCUUUCGGAACAAACGGAUCUCAUGGAUCUUUUCGGUUCCGAUCUGCCUGUGGAGGGAGGCAACAGCGGUGAAUUUGCCUGGCGGGAUGCUCCCUUCCUGCAAGCCAUGAAAGCCGGUGAUUGGGUAUUAUUGGACGAAUUGAAUUUGGCUUCGCAGUCCGUCUUGGAAGGUCUCAACUCAUGUCUUGAUCAUCGUGGUGCCGUUUACAUUCCUGAACUGGAUCGCGAGUUUUUCUGCGCUAAGGAAUUCCGAGUCUUUGGUGCCCAGAAUCCUCUGCAACAAGGUGGUGGUCGUAAAGGUCUUCCGAAAUCCUUUGUCAACCGUUUUACCCAGGUGUACGUUGAACAUCUGAGUGCAGACGAUCUGCUUUUUAUCUGUGCCCAUCUAUUCCCCGAAUACGAUACCGAAACCCUUCAACAAAUGAUCGAGUUCAACACGCGUAUGUAUGAAGAGACCAUGAUCAAGUGCAGCUUUGGUCGUAAAGGUAGUCCUUGGGAAUUCAAUCUUCGUGAUGUCUUCCGCUGGUUGGAGUUGAUGCGCAAAGAUGGGGUCAAAGAUCCUGCCGAGUAUUUGGAUAUUAUCUAUAUGCAACGUAUGCGCACUCAUGAAGAUCGUCUCAAGAUUGUCCAAGUAUACGAGUCCGUGUUCCAGAAGUCUUACGAACGGCCAAACUAUCCGCCCUACAAGGUGACACCUACUGAACUUACCGUUGGCCAUUCGCGACUCACUCGAGGGUCUAUUGAAAACUCCAACGAUCUUUUUGAACAUGAAUCUCACUUAUUGCAAUCGUUCCUGCCUUCCAUGGAGGCGCUUAUCAAGUGUGUGGAAUCCAGCUGGAUGGCCAUUUUGACCGGACCCAGUGCUUCGGGCAAAACGUCGCUUAUUCGUUUAUUGAGCAAAUUCACUGGAAAUAAGCUGGAGGAAUUCGCGAUGAACAACAGCGUGGAUACGAUGGAAUUGCUAGGUGGUUUCGAACAGGUGGAUCUGAACCGACAUUCUCAGCUAUUGAUGGAUAUGCUUCACCAAUUGACAGAUGAUGCGACAAAGACCUUGCUGAUGCGAUUAACUACCCUGCCUGAUCAGGAACAACGUGCCCAAACCCUGCGACAGAUCCGCCAGCUGAGCGACACCUGGUUCGUUUUGGAAAAUAAGCAAUCCAUGCAGCAGAACCUCGCCGAUCAGAACAACGAACAGCUGGACUACGCUUUGGUAUCCAAUGUGCUCAACUGUCUUAAUGCAGCCGUCGGUGCGGAUGAAGUGGCUCGCAAGAGGAUUGAAGAAAUUGUUACCUCUGUGAAAAAGCUCCAACUGUUACAAAAGGAUUCUGUCGCUGGUAAAUUCGAAUGGAUUGAUGGCUUACUGAUCAAUGCUUUGGAAAAAGGUCACUGGCUGUUGAUUGACAAUGCCAAUAUGUGCAAUCCUUCCGUUCUCGAUCGCUUGAAUCCGCUUUUCGAAAACGAUGGAGUCCUUAUGGUGAACGAACGAGGUCUUGUCGAUGGGGCCGUCAAGGUGAUCAAACCGCAUCCUAAUUUCCGCAUGUUCAUGACCGUGGAUCCUCAAAAUGGUGAACUUUCUCGUGCAAUGAGAAAUCGCGGUAUCGAAAUUGCGCUUGUCGACUCCAACUGGAAUGAGAAUGUUCAGGAUGCUACCACUUUAGCCAACGGUCUUGGUUUGCGUGGACCUCAGUUGCCGUUACUGUUGAACCAAUUGCAAGGCGAAGCCAUUGCUGCCCGCAAACAGUUUGGCAAGCAUAAGAACGUGCGUGAUUACCUGCUUUUUGCCACUUACACGAUCGAACGUCUGCAACGAGGCCAAACCCUCAAGGCUGCUGUAAGCGAAGCAUUUCAUCAAGUUUUUGUCGACAUCAAAGAAGCUCCUGAAGGAUUACAGGCAUUCAUGCAAGCAGACAGUGAAGCCGAUUUAUUGCAAGUCAUGGUGUCUCCCGCCAACUGUCCUUAUUUCGUUGGUGGUUCAUUAUUCCAAGAAGACUCUGCUUUGGCAACGAUUACUCUGCAAGGCGCCUAUCUGCUGUCUCUCUUACAGACCGCUGUUACCGAUGAUGACAAUGCGAUUGUUCGUCAGAUUGAAGUAGCAGCCGAUUAUUUUGUGGAAGCCAUGUCGUUAAAGGAGUUUGGUCUUCGUCUGCGUUGGGUUGCAUAUUUGGCGCAGCAUGCUUCUGUUGUUCACACCGGUGUCUUGGAGCGUUUGACGUAUACGAUGAAAUCUCUAAGAUCCAAUCCUGUCACCGUAGAAUGGAUGCAGCUUCAAUCGAUGAAUGAACUCGAUGCCACGCAGCAACAGACCCUGGCCGUCGUUGAAAAAGCUUACGCUCUCUUGAUUCGCCUUACCAAGCAGGAAUAUGCCGAAUUGAACGCGCGAAAUGCCUCCCAAAAGUUGAAGCUUGGAAACUUAUCUGUGUUCCAGCAAUCCUACUGUUACCACGAAGGUCGAUUAAGCGAUAGUCAGUUAUUGCAUCCGGUCGUUACCAAGCUGUAUCCAUUGUAUCAGUCGAUUCAUACCGGAAUUAUGCAGUGGAUUGAUCAAGCUGCUUACCGCGCAUCGCCAGUAGAGUGCUUUAACACGGUUGAAGCAAUUCUGGAUGCUCGUGACUAUGCCUGGACACUGACUCAGUCCCAUAAUCUCAAUCUCGACAACCUGUUGAUUAUAUUGCGAUGGAUGAAGCAGAGUAUUGCUUCGGAAGCUGCCUUGGCGCCGCUGCUUGCUACAACAGUCACUGUGAUUGAUGGUAUCAUGGCUGGUUUCGACUUUGAGACUUGCAAGUCCAUGAAAGCGCUCUGGAAAUACUUUUCUCCUGCAACUCUCGCGUCUGAAUCUUUGCAUCAGUUGGAAGCGGAAUUAUUGAAGACCAAUAAGAUGAUGGAUGCCUAUCAACCGAACAACGGUAAGUGGUUGCGCUGCGGUUUACGCAAUUUAAUACAGCUCACUGAUAUAUAUCGCCUUCAGAACAAGGAUUGA